CCCUGAGUUUGAACAUUUCUUUCGCUUCAUCAGGAGCGCGUGUCUGUGAAACCGUAGUCACUGUUACGAAAUGUUCUGAUUUCGCGAAAUUUUCAAUAAGCUAGGUGUCUAUAGGAUCGCGUAGCUUUGCAACGUCGUCGUAAAUUUUUUUUCCGAAUGAAAGUACACGCAGCAAUGGGUGCUCUCGAGGCGUCGGCGUGCGUUACGCAAUCGCAUGCCACUAAAAAUGCGUGAAGGCGUAAUUGAAUACGAGCAGCCGGUACAGGAGUCGCCCAAGGUUGGCAGCGGCAGCGACAGCGGCGGCCUCAGGCUUUGGAAAUGCUGGAAAGACGUGCUGUUUCACAAUGCUGAUUUUCAGAUUAGUUUUGAAGCUUAGAGCAUUGCUAGUGGCUUGAAAGUUUUAACCUAGACUGUUGAGCACUACAAGUCUUUUCGAAAUUGAAAUGAAAUCCGAACGCAUGCCUAUGGCGAGCAUCUGAGACAUGCUGUUCGAAGAGGCUCUGCAGCUUGUCGGUGAAUUCGGCGUGUUCCAAUGGCUCCUCAUCGUGUACCUCGUGGUGUUCGUGGCUCCGAUGCGAGUGAUACCACUGUUCGCACACAUCUUCACGCUGCUGGAGCCACCACACUGGUGCCGUCAGCCUGAACUCGAAGACCUGUUCAACUUGACGCGCGAGGAAGCUCGAGAGCUGGGCGUGCCUCGCGAGUCUGACGGAAGCUGGAGCAAGUGCUCCAUGUACGAGCUCAACCUGACAACACUGGAACCCUGGACGGUCGGACAGAACCUGAACAGAAGCUUGCACGCAAGAGACCUGCUGCCCGUUGUGCCUUGCCAGUUCGGUUGGCACUACGACCACUCCGUCAUCUAUCCAACCAUCGUGUCCGAGAUGAAUUGGGUGUGUGGCCAUACCUGGAAAGCGUACAUCUCAAACUCGAUCUUUUUUGGCGCCAUGUCCAUAGGGGUGAUUGGGAUCGGCGCCAUAAGCGACAAAAUCGGCCGCGUUCCCGUGAUGAUUGCCAUCUACAUCCUGGCAGGGGUGAGCGCAGUGACCACCUACUUUACGCAAGACUUCUAUCUUUUCCUGGUCACUCGGAUCGUCCAAGGAGGUGUUAUCCUGUCCAUCAGCAUUAUCCCUUUCGUACUGGCGCUGGAAUAUGUGCCUGCGCAGAAGCGGAUGCUGGUACUGAGUGCCUUCCGGUUCGCCUACCCUGUGUUGGGAGUUUGUAUGCCGUGGGUGGCGUACGCGCUAGCCCACUGGCGCCUCCUGAACGCUAUCGUCGUACUACCGUGCCUCGUCGGACCCGUGGUUUCCAUUUUCAUACCGGAAUCCACCAGGUGGUUACUGUCGAAAGGACGGACCGACAGAGCAAAGAAAAUCCUGCUUAGCGUCGCCCGUGUGAACGGCAAGCAAGUGGAAGGUUCGGCACUCGACUCUCUCCAGCUGCCAAACAAGACCGACGCCUCCAAGAGGUCGUCAACAACGGACGUCUUCCGGUACCCUACACUCCGCAGGAGUUUCCUUAUAACACUUUUUCUUUGGUUGAUGUCGUGUCUGACGUACUCGGCCGGCCAGCUGUACGCUGCCACGGCAACCGACGACCCAUUCGUGAUGACGUCGACGACCAACGCCAUGGACAUAUUGGCCACGGUGCUGGCUCUUCCACUAGCCGACAGGUGGGGUCGCCGACCGAGCAUGGUGUGCGCGUACGGCCUGGCUGCUCUCUGCUAUUUGGGCGUGGCAGGCUUCUAUGGGAAAUCAGCUGCAAUAUUCGCCAUCAUGAUGGUGGGCCGAUUCGCUCUCACCACAGCCUACAACGUGGGCUACCUUUUCGCUGCUGAGAUAUACCCGACUGAGAUACGGUCGCAAGCGCUAUCAAUAAGACAAGCCUUCGGCUCACUUGGAAAGUUCCUCAGCGCUCAAGUCGUACAGCUGGCGUUCUACGGCCGCUUCCUGCCUCUAUUUGUACUGGGCGGGCUGUCUUGUGCGUCGGCGCUCAUAACGCUGCCUCUCCCGGAGACCAACAACCAGCGGCUGCCGGAAACACUGCACGAGGGCGAGGCGAUGCGCGAGCUGCCCAAGCCCUGGUUCCCGUGCCUGGCCGAGAAGAAGCGCGAGCGAAGCGGCACGGCCACUCGAGGGCGCAGCAUGUCCACCAUGUCGGCUGCUACUAUCGACAGUGUCAGUCCGCACUAGAAGGGCGCGGCUGCUUACGAGAUCACUUAUGCUGUUGAAAGAAAAAAAUUACUGUCAUGGCAAGGGUUGACGCAGGAAGGGAAGUAAUGACGCGGCUAGCAGUCGGGCAAAAUGGCGGAGAACUAAGCGGCGACAAUGCCGUUGGGUCCAGGAAUAGCGUGGCUACUGCUGCCAAGAGCAUGUAGCUCGAUGAGCCACUGUUAACACCAGAAUAAAGUAAUGCUUUAGAAACCCGCAUUAGCGAUAGUUCAACGUCGUGUAAACUUACAAUGAAUUACAUGUGUCGCCAAACCACGUCUGACAAACCUAAACGCUGGUUUUUGAAUGAGGUAAUCUGUUUUUCUGUUUUACACUGUUAAUGCGCUGAAUGUACUCAUGCUAUCUUGGUGUGCUGACCCAGGCCCGAGUGCCCGCACCUCUGAGUUCAUCUCGCAGUCUAAGACAGUGUAUUUUAUACAUGUAAUCACUGUUGACUGCGCCUAAUGUGUCGUGGAUUUAGGUCACUGUGAACUCGGAUGGUUGUCACAUGUAUGAACUUGCAGUGACAAAUUUUGAAAAGCAUAAAACAGCAGAACCCAAACAAUACACGUGAAAUAUACCACAUAU